AUGUCCUCUAUUUUCAAUGUUGUAACCAUAAGUGUGGACAGGCUCCUAGCUGUUCAUCUUCAUCUCAGAUAUCAAGAACGUGUGACUCACAAGCGCGCAAUUGCAGCAGUGAUAUUAAUAUGGCUUUUAAGCGCAAUUAUUUCUUCUGGUGUCUUUUGGGAUCCAUUGCUUAUCAUCUUACAUGUCAUAUGGUUCGUGAACAUAACUGUUUGCCUCAUUCUGGUGGUAAUUGUCUACUGGAGGAUUUAUAGAGUCUUAAAGCGACACAAAAUCCAGAUUCAAGGCCUUCAAAUCCAAGAAGUACAACAGGGAGUUCAAAAUGACGACUUAUCAAACUUUUUGAAGCUUCGAAAGUCAGCUCUUGGAACAUUUUAUGUAUGUAUUGUGUUCUUGAUUUGUUAUUUGCCUUUCUGUAUUCUCUCUUUUUUACUCAUGGCUCGCCUUUUAAGUCUAAUCUCUUUAUACGAAGCUUGGCUCUAUACAAUGACUUUGAUUUUCCUCAACUCGUCUUUGAACCCUGUUAUAUACUGCUGGAAGAUGGGACCCAUUCGUCGCACUCUCAUGGACAUAAUGCGAGGCAUUGUCAAUCGGUUUAGAGAAUAGCAUUUGUUAUAAGUAAUUGUUGUUGUAAAUAUAAGCUUCCAGAAAUCUCCAGACUGCUUAGUCAUGGUGAUAUGCGUACCAUAGAACUUUCUAAUACAUGUCAUCAAGUCACGCAAUUAUUAAGUAAUACUAUUAAAACAGUUCUUUUUGUAAGCUUUUGGAAUGUUCCAGAACACUUUGUGAAUGUAUAUAAGGACUUAGUUAGAAAGCUAUACCGUGAGAUGAACUUUAACGGUUAGGAAAACUACACACCAGAAAACAAGAAUAAAUUAGUUGAAUGAAAAGCGCUCGUUGAUAGCGUAGGGAUUAAGAGUGCCGAUUUGGAGGAUAAAUUUUUGUUCUGGUGUUGUGCGGCUUUCCGAGCUGCCUAGAUGUAGGGAAAGGCCGGAAACUGCCAUAUGCUGUAAAGAAUAAGUAGGGAGAUUAAAGUGUCUGGCGACUGGUUCGGAUGCGUUCUUGUCAUUUCUUGCUACGUCGCGAAGUUGUUCUCGGAAUCGGUCACCUAGUCCUCUGCAUUCAUAUGAUUGCACAUAUAGAUGGUUGCAUAAUGCAUAGCACCACAUAACACUUUUCGUCCAGGAUAAUGGCACAAGAUUCAGAUAAGAGCUGAAUUAUUUGGGUUCUGCUUUUUUCAAUACAACCUGAAUUAGAGGACAAACUUUAACCAGCAGAUGAUUUAGAGAGAAAAAUUAAGAAAAAUCAUUUUCUCUAUCUAUUAGUAAAGUCACGACUGGCUCUAAUUGCUUCGGAGUAGCUGGCAGAUGGAGCAAUAUUCUCGACCAAUCACUUUACGAUGUAAAGAGAAACUAAUACAACCCCUGACUGUCUUGGACACCGCUCAUUUGCAAAUUACUCUUUACCUUUGGAGGAAAUAAAAUUAUAGUCCCGUCAUUUGUCGAUUCGUUGUUUUUCAUUCCUUCUUUACUUUCUGAGCCUAACAGGCUAAAGUCUUUCAUAUUCUAAACACAAUAUUGCAUUUUUCACAGUUAAUUUACAUCUAUUGAUGUCACAAAAAAGCCAGCCAUCGUUUUUAAUUUACGUCUGCCGUCAGCAAAAACAAUAGUCAAACUUCCUGUAUUUUUUUUGUUUAAGCACUUGAUGCAGAAUUAUUGUUUGAUAAAUGUCUUAUCUGUCAUUUUUUUUCGGUUGAAAUAUAUCAAAAUAUUACAUGGCCAUUGCUAAAUUUUUUCUGAGCUAAGUGUAGCUGUUCAAGAACUGAAGUGGAUCUGGGACUUGUGAAGAGGUGAUUAAAGAAAGAGCCGAACGCGGUCGGCGUCUAUAAGGGUAGGAAGGGCUAUCUGUAAUAAUCCACCACCGGAAAAUAUUACCUCCUUGUUCCGCCACAAACGAGUGCGUAAUUUAUACGUAUUCGUUAUUCUGGUCUCUCUCCCCACCCCUUAUCAACCAUAAAAUGCUCGGUCUCUGAAGAUGAAUUCAGUGUAUUCAGGCAAAUUUAAUAACAAAAAACAUAAGUCAAGCGUUCUUUAAUUUAACUGACUAUAAUGUUUCGUAUAUUCAUUUUGACAGAUAAAAAAUAUGUUAAUGACAGCUUUCCUUCAAAUAACUUUUUUCAGGUAUAGAUCCCAUGUUUAGUUAAAAUGUCUUGAAGCAUUAAACAUUUUAACCAACGCCGAGUUAAAGCGAUACUCGAUGCUUUUUUCAAAAAUUCAAAUGCCAGAGUUAAGACAUCUUGAAUGUACGUGCCGCUUAGAUUAUGUUCUAUGAUUGUGAUCGACAGCUACGUGUGACUUCAAAUUUUCCGUUUUAGAGCCGAAAAAUAUCGGAGCCACAGUAGUAUUAACGCUCAGUUCUUAUGGCGGAAAACGUUUGCGACAUUCUCAAUGAGGUUUUCUUUGGAACCUCUACGGAUGUUGAAGAUUUUCGUCCGGUACUUGUCGCUAGUUGUGUCUUCAACAGCUUUUUGUCUUAUACAACCAUCAUUUUGAACAUCGUUACCAUCCAUGCGAUAAGGAAAACCGCGUUGUUGCCGAAACCUUUGAGAACAUUAUUACUGAGCCUGGCUGCCUCCGAUGUUGGCGUUGGUGUGUUGGUCAAACCGCUCUACAUUUCUGCUGUAGUCAGCGGUUUGAAACGAAAACGUAUCGACUGCAUUUCCUACAAGGGGUUGUACGUCGUUAUCAAUUUCUUUUGUAUAUCCUCGCUCUUGAAUGUUGUAACCAUAAGUGUGGACAGGUUCUUAGCUGUUCAUCUUCAUCUCAGAUAUCAAGAGCUUGUGACUCACAAGCGCGUCAUUGCUGCGGUGAUAUCAAUAUGGCUGUUAAGCGCAAUUAUUUCUUCUAUUGUCAUUUGGAAUCCACUGUUCAUCAUCUCACGAGUCGCAGGGUUUGUGAACAUGACUGUUUGCCUCAUUCUGGUGGUAAUUGUCUACUGGAGGAUUUAUAUAGUCUUAAAGCGACACAAGAACCAUAUUCAAAGCCUUCAAAUCCAAGAAGCACAACAGGGAGUUCAAAAUGGUGACUUAUUAAACUUUUUGAAACUUCGAAAGUCAGCUCUUGGAACAUUUUAUGUAUUUAUUGUGUUCUUGAUUUGUUACUUGCCCAGCUAUAUUCGUCUUUUUUUUUCCCUGGCUCCUCCUUUAAGUCCAAUUUCUUUAAACGAAGCUUGGCCCCAUACAAUGACUUUGGUUUUCCUCAACUCGUCUUUGAACCCAGUUAUAUACUGCUGGAAGAUGGGACCCAUUCGUCGCACUCUCAUGGACAUAAUGCGAGGCAUUGUCAAUCGGUUUAGAGAAUAGCAUUUGUUAUAAGUAAUUGUUGUUGUAAAUAUAAGCUUCCAGAAAUCUCCAGACUGCUUAGUCAUGGUGAUAUGCGUACCAUAGAACUUUCUAAUACAUGUCAUCAAGUCACGCAAUUAUUAAGAAAUACUAUUAAAACAGUUCUUUUUGUAAGCUUCUGGAAUGUUCUAGAACACUUUGUGAAUGUAUAUAAGGACUCAGUUAGAAAGCUAUACCGUGAGAUGAACUUUAACGGUUAGGAAAACUACACAAUGAGGUACCACAGAGACAAGAAUAAAAAAGUAUCAGUUGCUAGUUUCAAGCACAUUUGUAAGAGAAAUUUAUUAACGACCAUGCAGACCGACUUCUUUUAACUUCUGGACGAAAUAGAUUUAUAGUCCUUUCGUUUGCCGAUUCGUUGUUUUUUAAUUCUUUCUUUACUUACUGACACUAACAGGCUAAAGUCUUCCAUAUGCAAACACAAUAUCGCAUUUUCCACUUCUAAUUUACAUACAAAAAAGCCCGCCCUCAUUUUUAAUUUACAUCUGCCCAUCUUCCUAUAUUCUUUUCAUUUAAGCGCUUGAUGCAGAAUUAUUCUUUGAUAAAUAUAUGUUAUUUGCCGGCUGGGAGGUCCGUAUGGUGAAAAAUUGUGACCGAGGUCUUGGAAAUACUGCCCGAGGCAGUAGGCCGAGGGCAGCAUUUUCAAGACCGAGUAAACGGCGAGGAAAGUGAUUGUGAGUAAAUUCAAUUUUUUUAUUUUGAAGUUGUGAGAGUUUGCUCGUUUGUUUGCUGCAAUGGCGUGUGUAAAUCUGGUCUUUCCUUCACAAAAACUAAAUUCGAAUGGCAUAAUCCAACGAGACACAAAGGGAUUUAAUGCGGCCUUUUCUCAAAACAUUCCUUCAGUUUCUGUUGUGCAAUUUACGGUACAAAUGUUCAAAUUGAACGGACUUGGAAAGACUCACCGAGAGCGUAUAUUUGUUGUAGAACUUAAAUUAAAACUUCGCUCGCUCUUUCACUACGAAAAAAUUGCUUGAGAAAAUUCAGGUAUUAAAUGAAUGAAAGUUCCAUCGAUCAGUUUAACUGUAACCAAAUACCUCACGUUUUAACUUUCUAGGUACUUUUUGUGAACGAUUAAAAUUAAUUGCAGACGAGUUUUAGGCCGCUUGCCAACCAACGUAAUGACACUAUUGUUUAUACAAAUUCAUUCUGAAACCAAUAUUUUUCUGUCAACCAAAGUAAUUUGAGUGAGAGAAAAGAGAGGAUUCAUAAGUUAUUCAUCGGCUUGAGGUAGUGACCGACGUGUUUGCUUAAAAAUACUGCCUAGCCGGAAAAACGAGACAUAUUUAUGAAAAAUGGCAACGAAAGUUGGAAUGUACUUGGCGACUAACGAAAGCGUUACCGUGGCCCGUGGGCAGAGAUAGGAAAAUACCGACCGGGUAAGGAACCAAUCAGAUUGCAAGAUUCGUUACCGUGCCCUCUCAAAAAAAAACAACAACAAAUCAAAAUAUUACAUGGCCUCUGCUAGACUUUUCUGAACUUAGUACUGUUUAUGAACUAAAGUGGAUCCGGGACUUGUGAGGAGGUGAUCAAAGUGAGAGCCGAACGCGGUCGUAUAUAGGGGGAAGGGAAGGCUAUCUGUAAUAAUCGGACACCUGAAAAUAUUCCCAAGCUACUCUAAAAUGACUGAGAAAUAUGCCGAUGUUACCUCAGUUUAGUAAGUUUGCUAAACAUUCUGAUUACCUCCUCGAUCCGCCACAAACGAAUGCGUAAUUUAUUCGUAAUAAUUAUUUGGGUCUCUCUCCCCACCCCUCAUCAACCAUAAAAUGCUCGCUCUCUGAAGAUGUAUUCAGUGUAUUCAGACGAAUUUAAUAAUAAAGAAGUAUAUGUCAAGCGCUCUUUAAUUUAACUGACUAUAGUGUUUCGUACAUUCAUUUUGAUAGAUGAAAAAUAUGUUAAUGACAGCUUUCCUUCGAAUAACUUUUUUUCAGGUGUAAAGGCCAUGUUUAGUUAAAAUGUCUUGAAGCAUCAAACAAAUAAUUUGUUUUAAGUUCUAACCAACGCCGAGUGAAAGCGGUACUCGUUGCCUUUUUUUAUAAAAAUUCAAAUGCCGCAAAGUUGAAGACAUCCUACAGACACGUACAGAUGACUUCGAUUGUGUUAUGUACUCGAGAUUGUCAACUACGUAUGACUUAAAAUUUUCCGUUUAAAAUCGGAAAAUAUCAGAGCCAUAGUAGUUAUAACUCAGCUGUCAUGGCGGAAAACUUCUGCGACGUUCUCAACAAGUCUUUCUAUGGAACCUCUGUGGAUGUUGAAGAUUUUCGUCCGGUACUUGUCGCUAAUUGUGUCUUCAACAGCUUUUUGUCUUAUACAAACAUCUUUUUGAACAUUAUUACCAUCCAUGUACUAAAGAAAACCGCGUUGUUGCCAAAACCUUUGAGAACAUUAUUGCUGAGCCUGGCUGCCUCCGAUGUUAGCGUUGGUUUGUUGGUCCAACCGCUCUAUAUUUCUACUUUGGUCAGCCGGUUAAAGCAAAAACGUAUCGACCGCAUUUACUACAAGGGAUUGUUUGCAGUCGUCAGUUUCUUUUGUACAUCCUCGCUCUUGAAUGUUAAAACCAUAAGUGUGGACAGGUUCUUAGCUGUUCAUCUUCAUCCCAGAUAUCAAGAGCUUGUGACUCACAAGCGCGUGAUUGCAGCGGUGAUAUCGAUAUGGCUGUUUAGCGCAAUUAUUUCCUCUAGUAUCUUUUGGGAUGCAUUCCUUAUCAGCUCAGAAGUCAUUGGGCUCGUAAUUAUGACUGUUUGCUUCAUUCUGAUAAUAAUUGUCUACUGGAGAAUUUAUAUAGUCUUAAAGCGACACAAAAUCCAGAUGGAAGGCCUUCAAAUUCAAGAAGCAGAACAGGGAGUUCAAAAUGGCGACUUAUCAAACUUUUUGAACCUUCGAAAGUCAGCUCUUGGAACAUUUUUUGUAUGCAUUGUGUUCUUAAUUUGUUAUUUGCCUUGCUAUAUUCUUUCUUUUUUAUUCCUGGCUCGCCCUAUAAGUCUGAUCUCUUUAUAUGAAGCUCGGCUGUAUGUAACGACUUUAUUUUUUGCCUCAACUCGACUGCUGGAAGAUGGGACCCAUUCGUCGCACUCUCAUGGACAUAAUUCGAAGCAUCGUCAAUCGGUUCAGAGAAUAGCAUUGGCUGGGUUCGUUUCUGAUGCCAAUUCAAAAAGCAUGGAAUAAGAGCUUCGACCAUGGUAAAAUCAAACUUGAUUUGUCAAAAGUACUUUAGGAAAACUGAGGGAGGACGAACCUAAACAACGGUUAUGAAAGUUACACUAUGGAGUACCACAGACUCAAGCAUAAGAAAGUAUCAGUUGCUUGUUUCAAGCGUAUUUUGUAUGAGAAAUAAGGUUGUCAUCAAUUAAUGUAUGUAUUUGUACUUGUCGAUAGGAUCGUAAACUUUUAACCUGUAAAAGUGUAUAGCUUGUGAAUUAAAUACAAAACCGAUUUUUAGAUCGCUUUUUAGUGUAAUAAGGGCCACGAGUUCAUCAGUGUUUUUACUACAGUUAAAUGUAACCCUCUUCGAAUAAAGCCGCUACUUACUUGCGAUCACACAUAGACUUCCAGAAUUUAGUUAUGCAGUUUCUGAUUUAAAGAAUAAUAUUACUUCGACUAGACUUGAUGGUUGUCCAUUCGACUAAAAGUCUCAACCUUGUCAAUAGUAACCCGGCCACUUAUUAACUUAGCCAAAGAAAGAAGGUUAUACAUUUUAUGCCGAAUACACAAAGCCCAAGGAGCUCUACGCCUUUCAUUCAGACGGUUAGUCCGUUUGGAGAAAUUUAAACAUAAAUUAUUUCACGCAUAAAUUAGAUCAUCACACUAGGGAAUUAAUUAGCUACUUAUCUAAUUUGUGUAUAAGGAGGUAUGUUGUUCGUUGAAUGAAGUUCUGUUUGACGAGCGCUUAGGCGCGAUACUCAGAGUUACAGGGAAUCGAUGCGUCCUCUUCUUUAACUUAUGUAUAUAAAUAUGCAUGUAUAUAUAGGUAGUUUAGUGUUAGCAACUAAGUUGAAAACGUAAAUUGGUCACCGUCAAGAGUUUAAAGGCUCACAUUUCGAGCGUUAGCCCUUCGUCAGAGCGAUUUGAGGAGUUGCGGGUUGUGUGGGUAUAUAUGCAGACAAUGGAGUACGCUAUUGGUAGGAAUAUGGUGACGAGAAAACAAGAAUAAAUUAGUUGAAUGAAAAGCGCUCGUUGAUACCGUGGGGAUUAAGAGUGCCGAUUUGGAAGAUAAAUUUUUGCUCUGGUGUUUUGCUGCUUUCUGAAGUGCCCAAAUUUAGUGAAAGGCCAGAAACUGCCAUAUAGAGUAAAUAGGGAGAUUAAAGUGUUUAGCGACUGGUUUGGAUGCAUCCUUGUCAUUUCUUUCGAUGUCGUGAAGGUGUUCUCGGAAUCGGUCAUCUAGUCAUCUGCAUUCAUAUGAUUGCACAUAUGGAUGGUUGCAUAAUAUAUAGCACCACAUAACAUGUUGCGUUGAUUAUAGUGGCACAAGAUUCAGAUGGAGUAUUCUUAUACGCUGAAUUUUCAGGGUUCUGCUUUUUUCAUUACAACCUAAAUUCAAGAUUCUCUAUUUGUAAUAGUGGACAAACUUUAACCAGCUGAUUAUUUAGAGAGAAAAAUUAAGGAAAAUCAUUUUGCUUAUCUAUUAGUAAAGUCGCGACUGGCUCUAAUUGCCUUGGAGUAGCUGACAGAUUGAGCGAAACUCUGGACCAAUCACUUUACGAUGUAAAGUGAAACUAAUACAAUUCCUGACUGUCUUUGACACCGCUCAUUUGCAAACUACUCUUUACCCCCGGAAGAAGUAAAUUUAUAGUCCUGUUAUUUUCCGAUUCGUUGUUUUUAAUUCCCUCUUUACUUUCUGAGCCUAACAGGCUAAAAUCUUUCAUAUUUUAAACACAAUAUUGCAUUUUUCGCACUUAAUUUACAUCUAUUGAUGUCACAAAAAAGAGAGCCAUCGUUCUUAAUUUACAUCUGCCGUCAGCAUAAACAAUAGUCAAACUUACUGUAUUCUUUUUGUUUAAGUGCUUGAUGCAGAAUUAUUGUUUGAUAAAAUGUCUUAUCUGUAUUUCUUUCGAUUGAAAUAUGUAAAAAUAUUACAUGGCCAUUGCUAAACUUUUUCUGAGCUAAGUGCAGCUGUUCAUGAACUGAAGUGGAUCCGUGACUUGUGAGGAGGUAGUCAAAGUGAGGGCCGAACGCGGUCGUCUAUAAGAGGGGAGGGCUAUCUAUAUCUGUAUCCACCACCGGAAAUUAUUUCCAAGCUACUCUAAAUCGACUGAAAAAUAUGCCGGUAUUAUCUCAGUUUCGUAAGUUUGCCGAACAUUCUGAAUACCUCCUAGAUCCGCCACAAACAAGUGCGUAACUUAUUCGAAAUAAUUAUUUAUGUUCGGUCUCUGAAGAUGAAUUCAGUGUAUUCGGGCGAAUUUAAUAGUGAAUAAGUUUGUGUCAAGCGCUCUUUAAUUUAACUGACUAUAAGGUUGCGUAUGUUCGUUUGACAGAUAAAAAAUAUGUCAAUGACAGCCUUCCUCCAAAUAACUUUUUUCAGGUGUAAAUGCCAUGUUUAGUUAAAAUGUCUUGAAGCAUUAAACAGAUAAUUUGUUUCAGUUCUAACUAACACCGAGUUGAAGCGAUACUGGAUGCUUUUGUCAAAAAUUCAAAUCCCAGAGAUGAAGACAUCUUCAAUGUACGUACAGAUGGCUUCGAUGGUGUUUUGUGCUCGUGACUGACAUCUACAUAUGACUUAAAAUUUUCAAUUUUUAGAAUCGGAAAAUAUUGGGGCCACAACAGUUUUAACGCUCAGAUCUCAUGGCUGAAAACGUUUGCGACCAUCUCAACGAGGUUUUCUUUGGAACUUCUAAGGAUGUUGAAGAUUUUCGUCCGGUACUUGUCGCUAGUUGUGUCUUCAACAGCUUUUUGUGUUAUACAACCAUCAUUUUGAACAUUGUUACUAUCCAUGCGAUAAGGAAAACCGCGUUGUUGCCAAAACCUUUGAGAACAUUAUUACUGAGCCUGGCUGCCUCCGAUGUUGGCGUUGGUGUGUUGGUCCAACCACUCUACAUUUCUACUUUGGUCAGCCGGUUAAAUCAAAAACGUAUCGACUGCAUUUCCUACGAGGGGUUGCACGUCGUUAUCAAUUUCUUUUGCGCAUCUUCGCUCUUAAAUGUUGUAACCAUAAGUGUGGACAGGUUCUUAGCUGUUCACCUUCAUCUCAGAUAUCAAGAGCUUGUGACUCACAAGAGCGUGAUUGCAGCGGUAAUAUCAAUAUGGCUGUUUAGCGCAGUUAUUUGUUCUGAUGUCUUUUGGGCUCCAUUGUUUAUCAUUUAUCAAGUCAUAAGGUUGGUGAUUAUGACUGUUUGCUUCAUUCUGGUAGUAAUUGUCUACUGGAGGAUUUAUAUAGUCUUAAAGCGACACAAAAACCAGAUUCAAGACCUUCAAGUUCAAGAAGCAGAACAGGGAGUUCAAAAUGGCGACUUAUCAAACUUUUUGAAGCUUCGCAAGUCAGCUCUUGGAACAUUCUGCGUAUGUAUCGUGUUUUUGCUUUGUUAUUUGCCUUCCUAUAUUCUUUUUUGUUUGUUUCUGGCUCGUCCUUCAAGUUUAAUCGCUUUACACGAAGCUUGGCACUAUACAAUGACUUUGGUUUUCCUCAACUCGUCUUUGAACCCUGUUAUAUACUGCUGGAAGAUGGAACCCAUUCGUCGCACUCUUAUGGACAUAAUGCGAGGCAUCGUCAAUCGGUUCAGAGAAUAACAGUUCGUUUCUGAUGCCAAUUCACAAUGCAUAAGAUAAGAACCUUGGCCAUCGUAAGCUUAAACUUGAUUUGUCAACGACAACUGAGAGAUCAAGAACUUUAACGGUUAGUAAAAUUACACAAUAGUGUACUACAAAGUCAAGCAUAAGAAAGUAUCAGUUGCUAGUUUCAAGCGCAUUUUGUAUUAGAAAUUUAUAAAUAACCAGAAAGCUUCCUGGUUACUUAAAAUAUGAUUUUAAGGUUGUCAUCAACUAAUGUAUGUAUUUUUAUUCGUCGAUAGGAUAAUAGAUUUAUAACAUUGUCAAGUGUAUAGCUUGUGAAUUAAAUACAAACCUAUUUUUUAGGUCGCUUUAUAGUGUAAUAAGGGCCAUGAGUUCAUCAAUGUUUUUACUGCAGUUAAAUAGAACCCUCUUUUAACAAAGCCGUUACUUACUCGCGAUCACAGAAUUCAGUUGUGCGGUUUCUGAUAUAAAGAAUAAUAUUAAGUCGACUGGACUUGAUGGUUCUCCAUUCUACCAAAAUUCUUAAUCUUGUCAAUAGUAACCCGAGCAUUUAUGUACUCAGGCAAAGAAUGACGGUUAUGCAUUUUACACUAAUUGCACAAAGUAAAAGGAUCUCUACGCCUUUCACUCAUACGGUUGGUCCGUUUUGAAAAAUUUAGUGCCAAUUUUUACCUUUACCCUGCGCCAAUCACCGCUGUUCUCGUCUAUCCUCAUUUUUUUGUUGUUAUCUUGAAAUAUUUUUUAGUUUUUGUCUACCACAGCAAACAAAUACUUGAAGGAGUUGUGGGUUGUGUGUGGGUUUAUAGGGAGGAAGUGGAGCUACGCUAGCGGUGGGAAUAUGGUGACGAGAAAACAAGAAUAAAUUAGUUGAAUCAAAAGCGCUCGUUGAUACCGUGAGGAUUAAGAGUGCCGAUUUGGAAGAUACAUUUUUUGUGCUAGUGUUUUGCGGCUUUCUGAAGUGCCUAAAUUUAGGGAAAGGCCGGAACUGCCAUGUGCUACAUAGAAUAAGUAGGGAGAUUAAAGUGUUUAGCGACUGGUUUGGAUGCGUCCUUGUCAUUUCUUUGUAUGUCGCAAAGGUGUUCUCGAAGUCGGUCACCUAGUCGCCUGCAUUCAUAUGAUUGUACAUGUAGAUGGUUGCAUAAUGCAUAGCACCACAUAACACUUUUCGUUUAGUAUAAUGGCACAAGAUUCAGAUAAGCGCUGAAUUGUUUGGGUUCAAUACAACCUGAAUUCAACAUUCCCUAUUUACAAUAGUGGACAAACUUUAACCAGCAGUUGAUUUAGAGAGAAAAAUUAAGAAAAAUUAUUUUGUCUAUCUAUUAGUAAAGUCGCGACUGGCUCUAAUUGCUUCGGAGUAGCUGACAGAUGGAGCAAAAUUCUCGACCAAUCACUUUACGAUGUAAAGAGAAACUAAUACAAUCCCUGACUGUCUUUGACACCGCUCAUUUGCAAACUACUCUUUACCUCCGGACGAAAUAAAUUUAUAGUCCUGUCAUUUGUCGAUUCGUUGUUUUUCAUUCCUUCUUUACUUUCUGAGCCUAACAGGCUAAAGUCUUUCAUAUUCUAAACACAAUAUUGCAUUUUUCACAGUUAAUUUACAUCUAUUGAUGUCACAAAAAAGCCAUCCAACAUAUUUAAUUUACAUCUGCCAUCAGCAUAAACAAUAGUCAAACUUCCUGUAUUUUUUUGGUUUAAACGCUUGAUGCAGAAUUAUUGUUUGAUAAAUGUCUUAUCUGUAUUUUUUGCGGUUGAAAUAUAUCAAAAUAUUACAUGGCCAUUGCUAAACUUUUUCUGAGCUAAGUGCAGCUGUUCAUGAACUGAAGUGGAUCCGGGACUUGUGAGGAGGUGAUUAAAGAAAGAGCCGAACGCGGUCGGCGUCUAUAAGGGCUAUCUGUAAAAAUCCACCACCGGAAAAUAUUCCCAAGCUACUGUAAAACGACUGAAAAAUAUGUCGGUAUUAUCUCAGUUUAGUGAGUUUGCUUAACAUUCUGAUUACCUCUUAGAUCCGUCACAAACGAGUGUGUAAUUUAUUCGUAUUAAUUAUUCUGGUCUCUCUCCCCACCCCUCAUCAACCAUAAAAUGUUCGGUCUCUGAAGAUGUAUUCAGUGUAUUCAGGCAAAUUUAAUGACAAAAAACAAAUGUCAAGCGUUUUUUAAUUUAACUGACUAUUAUGUUUCGUAUAUUCAGUUUGAUAGAUGAAAUAUAUGUUAAUGACAGCUUUCUUUCAAAUAACUUUUUUCAGAUAUAUAUCCCAUGUUUAGUUAAAAUGUCUUGAAGCAUUAAACAAAUAAUUUGCUUUAGUUCUAACCAACGCCGAGUUAAAGCGAUACUCGAUGCCUUUUUCAAAAAUUCAAACGCCAGAGUUGAAGACAUCCUGAAUUUACAUACAGAUGCUUUCGAUUGUGUUAUAUGCUUGUGAUUGACAGAUACAUAUGACUUGAAAUUUUCCGUUUCGAAGCCACAGUAGUUUUAACGCUCAGUUGUCAUGGCGGAAAACGUUUGCGACAUUCUCAACAAGCUUUUCUUUGGAACCUCUACGGAUGUUGAAGAUUUUCGUCCGUUAGUUGUCGCUAAUUGUGUCUUCAACAGCUUUUUGUGUUAUACAACCAUCAUUUUGAACAUCGUUACCAUCCAUGCGAUAAAGAAAACCGUGUUGUUGCCAAAACCUUUGAGAACAUUAUUACUGAGCAUGGCUGCCUCCGAUGUUGGCGUUGGUCUGUUGGUCCAACCGCUCUUCAUUUCUACUAUGGUCAGCGGUUGGAAACGAAAACGUAUCGACUGCAUUUCCUACAAGGGGUUGUACGUCGUUAUCAAUUUCUUUUGCGCAUCUUCACUCUUGAAUGUUGCAACCAUAAGUGUGGACAGGUUCUUAGGUGUUCACCUUCAUCUCAGAUAUCAAGAGCUUGUGACUCACAAGCGCGUCAUUGCCGCCGUCAUAUCAAUAUGGCUGUUAGGCGCAAUUAUUUCUUCUAGUGUCUUUUGGGUUCCAUCGUUUUUCAUCUUACGAGUCAUAAGGGUCGUGAACAUGACUGUUUGCCUCAUUCUGGUGGUAAUUGUCUACUGGAGGAUUUAUAUAGUCUUAAGGCGACACAAAAUCCAGAUUGAAGGCCUUCAAAUCCAAGAAGUACAACAGGGAGUUCAAAAUGGCGACUUAUCAAAUUUUUUGAGGCUUAGAAAGUCAGCCCUUGGAACAUUUUAUGUAUGUAUUGUGUCCUUGAUAUGUUAUUUGCCAUACUAUAUUCUCCUUUUUUUUUACCUGGCCUAUCCUUUUAGUCCAAUCUCUUUAAACGAAGUUUGGCCCCAUACAGUGACUUUAGUUUUCCUCAACUCGUCUUUGAACCCUGUUAUAUACUGCUGGAAGAUGGGACCCAUUCGUCGCACUCUCAUGGACAUAAUGCGAGGCAUUGUCAAUUGGUUUAGAGAAUAGCAUUUGUUAUAAGUAAUUGUUGUUGUAAAUAUAGGCUUCCAGAAAUCUCCAGACUGCUUAGUCAUGGUGAUAUGCGUACCAAAGAACUUUCUAAUACAUGUCAUCAAGUCACGCAAUUAUUACGUAAUAUUAUUAAAAUAGUUCUUUUGUAAGCUUUUGGAAUGUUCCAGAACACUUUGUGAAUGUAUAUAAAGACCUAGUUAUGUAGUAGUAGUUGUUGUUUUUUUUAGAAAGCUAUACCGUAAGAUGAACUUUAACGGUUAGGAAAACUACACAAUGAGGUACUAUAGAGACAAGCAUAAAAAAGCAUCAGUUGCUAGUUCCAAGCACAUUUGUAAGAGAAAUUUAUUAAUGACCAUGCAGAUGUCUUCCUCGCUACUUGAAAUAUAAUUUCAAGGUUAUGCCAUUAGUUAAUGUAUGUAUUUUUAAUUGUCGAAGGGAUUAUAAAUUUUUAACCUUGUGAAGUGUAUAGCUCGUGAAUUAAAUACAAAACCGAUUUUUAGGUCACUUUAUAAUGUAAUAAGGGCCACGAGUUCAUCAGUGUUUUUACUAAAGAUAAAUCUUUGAACAGAACCUAUAUUUACUUGCGAUCACGCAUAGACUUUCAGAAUUAAGUUGUGCGGUUUCCAAUAUAAAGAAUAAAGUUAAGUCGAAUAGACUUGAUGGUUGUUCAUUCGACAAAAAGUCUCAACAUUAGCAAUAGCAACCCCAAGUACUUAUUUACUUAGGCAAAGACAGAAGGUUAGACAUUUUAUGCUAAUUACACAAAGUACAAGGAGCUCUAUGUCUUUUACUCAGACAUUUAGUCCGUUUUGAAAAAUUUAGUAUUAAUUUUCACAUUUUUUUAAUUGUACCUUGCACCAAUCAAUCAAUGUUCUGGGCCAUCCUUGCUUUUUUUGUCAGAAAAGACCUCAAAUUACAUGACGUAGCUUCUCACUAGCUUCAGUCGGCGGAAGACCAGUUGGCUAUGUACAAACCAUGACGUCAGACUCCAAACUCGCUCCCAGGAGGAGGCUGGCUAGAGUCAGGCCACAGACAUCCGGAUUGCAAAUUAAGCGUUAAGGUCCACUUUAGUUCUCUCUGCCAUUAUAAGAGAAAAUUAGUGAUGCAUAAAGUUAACGCACUUUUGGAAAUUUUCACUAAAGUCAGUUGUUACAGAUCGAUCCACAGGGAACGUCCAAGUGGAUCACUUUUGAAAGGUUUCGGCUACGCAGACGUUUUUGCACAUAGAUUGUGGCAAAGUUUAACAUGGUUGCUGUGUAGCGGAUGAAACUGUUGAAAACACAGUUUACGAUAAAAAAUGAGAUUUCAAACUCGGAGAUUUUGGGGUAACUCUUGAGUAAUAUUCCACAGUUUGAUUCAGCCAUGAUGAUCUAGCGUUCAACUGCUUUCUUAGUAAGUGUGUUGGGACAAAGAUUAUCGCUCGAAAGAAAAAAUUUCACUUGAAGGCUAUUUUUGAUACAAGGAGCUGGUCAUUUGUGUCAAUCGAGCUGAGAGAGAUAUUAUGCAGAGAUAAUGGCGAUUAAUUAAUGUCGACCCACAAUAUUAAUGUCGUGUUAAACUGCCUGAAACUGGAAAAGAAGCUCCUCUGAGGUAUAUGGAAUAUCUUUUGACGAAAAACAGAACGAAGUAUCUUUUUUCAUAUAAAAUGAUUCACAAAGGUAUUGAAAGUUAUAUAUUGAAAAAAAAAAAACACCCAAAGAGUACCUCAGCCAAUCAAAUGCAGCCAUUUUAAAGUUAUGAUGCCCCUAUGUUUAUCAGUGAUUUAUCAGCUGUGCUAUUACACUGUUAACAAAAAGAGCUCUGAAAUCAGUUGAAUUGAAUGAGUUAUAUCCGCUUUUCUUUAGAUUAACUUGUAAUAUACUCUUAACUUUUGUACUUAAUUUGAAAACAGUUCCUGCUAUCAAUGACGUGGUGCGGCUUGGGGAAUCAAGAGUAAUCUUUAAUAUUACACUUCGUGGACACUAACUCGAAGGUAGAUCUUAUUAUCUAGAAAGUUACAGGAUAGAAUGUCUUCGAAAUUUCUCUUGAUAAAAUAAUGAGGCGAUGAACUUUGAGUGAAGUGAAGAGACUGCGAAAUAUUACCCUUAGUCGUACCGGUUUUGUGUCACGCUCGACGUAUGAAUUCGAAGUUGACAGCUGUUGUAUUUUGUUUUCAUUCUAGAGUUACUGACAAUGCCAUUUGCGUUGAUUUGAAUAAUUGCAUGCAGUCAUAUCACUUUUAGUAUUCGUCAAAUCUUCAUGUUUGGUAUUCAAAUUAACGAAAAGGGCAUCGUUAUAAGAAACGCUCGAGAGAUUAGAAAGAAAAGACAACAGCUGUUUACUUUAACAACAUACUGAAAAAACCUGAGAUAAGGGAAGAGAGGAAAAACUUUUCGUCAAGUUUUUUCUUUUUUUCCAAAGAAGCCUCUUCAUUUUAUUUCAAGUAAUUGUAGUUGCAAAGAGACUUGUCCCCCCUCCCCCCGGGGAAAAAGUCGGAAAGCUUGCUACUCAAGCAUAGUGAUGACUUCUUUAAAAGUGUAAGCCUUAACUCUUUCUGUUUUUAACAGACCUCCUAGGUGCGCCGUUAUUAUAUCACGAUUACACCAUACCGUUCAGUUGACGGUGUGAUUUUCAGAGAUGUCGCUCUAUUGCAAGUUGGCCGCCUUCCAGUUCACCGAAAAGCUGCUCAAAUGACCUGACUGGGGGAUGGCGGUUUAACGAUUGUCACAACUCCAAUUUGAACGGGCAGUUCAUGGGGAACACGAAAGCUUAUAGUGGUAUUGGCUGGGUUCGAUUUAAACAAAUCUUUUUCGCACAAAUUCGUGAAGCAAUUUUUAUAAAGUAUUUGUUACAAAAAAUUCGUUCAGAAACAUAAACAUAAACAUAAACCGUUAUGCCCCGCUUUAGAUAACUAAAAUUAUUAUAUCUCUCGGUUAGUAAGUGGGCUAUGAUUGGUCAAUUUAUUUCUGUCUAUCACUCUACGGCCCGCUUAACUCAAAGGUUUGUGGUUAAAACCACCUUGAAGGAUAUAAUGAACUGAAACGCAUGAAAAAACUUCUCGGUGGCUUUCAUUUGAAUGGUCAAACGCUAGAGUUUCAUCGAUAGACUUUAAAUUUGGAAUUAAUUAGUGGUUCUUUAGAAACAGUAAACAUGGAAGUACUGUUAAGGCCAGAACCAUAAUUGUGCCGCAUAAUAAACUGUACCUCAUUAAAGUACUACGCCGUAGCUUUCAUUUAAAUGGUCAAACACUAGAUUGUCAUCCACACCAAGCUAGAAUCACCUGGGACAGUAAAUUAAAAAAAAAACUCAGCACCCUUCGUUUGAAUGCGUCUUAUUUACAGGCGUAAUGAUAGGAAUUCCUUCUCACCUAAUUGCAAACAGUGCCAUUUGCAUUUAUAUGAUUGCACACACAAAUAUAUAUGGUUGCAUAACAUACAGAACCUCGUGACAACAGCCUUCGUCAAGUAUAAUGACACAAAAUUUAAAUGGAGUAUUCUGACUUAUCCACACAAUUUCAGGGUUCUGCUUUUUCAAUACAGCCUGGAUCCAAGAUUCUCUAUUUGCAAUAGUGGACAAACUUCAACCACGGGAUUAUUUAGCGAGAAAAAUUUAGGAGAAUCAUUUUGUUGAUUUAUUAACAAAGUGGCGACUGGCUUUAAUUUGCUUCCGAGUAGCUGACAGAUGGAGCACAAUUCUUGACCAAUCACUUUACGAUGUAAAUCGAAACUACUAUAAUCCCUGACACCGCUCAUUUGUAGACUUCUUUUUAUUUCUCGACGAAAUAAAUUUAUACUCCUGUCAUUUGCCGAUUGGAUGUUUUUUUAUUCUUUCUUUACUUACUGACGCUAACAGGCUAAAGUCUUCCAUAUGCAAACACAAUAUCGCAUUUUCCACCUCUAAUUUACAUGUAUUAAUGUUACAAAAAAGCCCGCCGUCAUUUUUAAUUUACAUCUGCCGCCAACAUGAACAAUAGUCAAACUUCCUGUAUUCUUUUCGUUUAAGCGCUUAGUGCAGAAUUAUUCUUUGAUAAAAUGUCUCAUCUGUAUUUCUAUCGGUUGAGAGAUGUCAAAAUAUUACCUGGCCUUUGCAAGACUUUUUCUGAGCUUAGUAUUGUUUAUGAGCUAAAGUGGAUCCGGGACUUGUGAGGAGGUGAUCAAAGUGGGAGCCGAACGCGGUCGUCUAUGAGGGGGGAGGGAGGGCUAUCUGGAAAUAAUCCACCACCUGAAAAUAUUCCCAAGAAGCUACUCUAAAACGACUGAAAAAUAUGCCGGUAUUAUCUCAGUUAAGUAAAUUUGCCCAACAUUCUGUAAACCUCCAAGAUCCGCCACAAACAAAUGCGUUGUUUAUUCGUAAUAAUUAUUUGGGUUUCUCUCCCCACCCCUCACCAACCAUAAAAAGCUCGGUCUCUGAAGAUGUAUUCAGUGUAUUCAGACGAAUUUAAUAAUAAAGAAGCAUCUGUCAAACACUUUAAUUUAACUGACUAUAAUGUUUCGUUAUUCAUUUUGAUAGAUGAAAAAUAUGUUAAUGAUAGCCUUCCUUCGAAUAACUUUUUUCUGGUAUAAAUUCCAUGUUUAUUUAAAAUGUCUUGAAGCAUCAAACAAAUGAUUUGUUUUAGUUCUAACCAACGCCGAGUUAAGGCGGUACUGGAUGCUUUUUUCAAAAAUUCAAAUGCCGCAGAGUUGAAGACAUCUUGAAUGUACGUACAGAUGGCUUCGAUUGUGUUCUAUGCUUGUGACUGACAGCUACAUAUGACUAAAAUUUUCCGUCUUAAAAUCGGAAAAUAUCAGAGCCACUGUAGUUUUAGCGCCCAGUUGUCAUGGAGGAAAACGUUUGCACCAUUCUCAACAAGUCUUUCUAUGGAACCUCCGCGGAUGUUGAAGAUUUUCGUCCGGCGCUUGUCGCUAACUGUGUCUUCAACAGCUUUUUGUCUUAUACAAACAUCUUUUUGAACAUUAUUACCAUCCAUAUGAUAAGGAAAACUGCGUUGUUGCCAAAACCUUUGAGAACUUUAUUACUAAGCCUGGCUGCCUCCGAUGUUGGCGCUGGUUUGUUGGUUCAACCUUUCUACAUAUAUACUUUGGUCAGCCGGUUAAAACAGAAACGUAUCGACUGCAUUUCCUACAAGGGAUUGUUGGCCGCAAUCACUUUCUUUUGUACAUCCUCGCUCUUAAAUAUAGUAACUAUAAGUGUAGACAGGUUCUUAGCUGUUCAUCUUCAUCUCAGAUAUCAAGAGCUUGUGACUCACAUGCGCGUCAUUGCAGCGGUGAUAUUAAUAUGGCUGUUUAGCGCAGUCAUUUCUUCUGGUAUCUUUUGGGAUCCAUUGCUCAUCAGCUCAGAAGUCAUUGGGGUCGUGAUUAUGACUGUUUCCUUCAUUCUGGUAGUAAUUGUGUACUGGAGGAUUUAUAGAGUCUUAAAGCGACACAAAAUCCAGAUUGAAAGCCUUCAAAUCCAAGAAGUACAACAGGGAGUUCAAAAUGGCGACUUAUCAAACUUUUUGAAGCUUCGAAAGUCAGCUCUUGGAACACUUUUUGUAUGUAUUUUGUUCUUGAUUUGUUAUUUGCCUUGCUAUAUUCUCCAUUUUUUACUCCUGGCUCGCCCUAUAAGUCUAAUCUCUUUACAUGAAACUCGGCUCUAUGUACUGACUUUAUUUUUCCUCAACUCGUCUUUGAAACCUGUUAUAUACUGCUGGAAGAUGGGACCCAUUCGUCGCACUCUCAUGGACAUAAUGCGAGGCAUCGUAAAUCAGGUCAGAGAAUAGCAUUGGCUGGGUUCGUUUCUGAUGCCAAUUCACAAUGGAUGGAAUAAGAGCUUCGACCAUGGUAAAAUCAAACUUGAUUUGUCAAAAGUACUUAAGGAAAACUGAGGGAGGACGAACUUUAAAUAACGGUUAGGAAAAUUACACAAUGGAGUACUACAGAGUCAAACAUGAGAAAGUAUCGGUUACUAGUUUCAAGCACAUUUGUGUAAGACAUUUAAAAAUAACCAGAAAGCUUCCUCGCUACUCUAAAUAUGAUUUUAAGGUUGUCAUCAAUUAAUGUAUGUAUUUGUACUUGGCGAUAGGAUCGUAAACUUUUAACCAUGUUGAGUAUAUAGCUUGUGAAUUAAAUACAAAACCGAUUUUUAGGUCGCUUUAAUAAGGGUCCCGAACUCAUCAGUGUUUUAACUACAGUUAAAUGUAACCCUCUUCGAAUAAAGCCGCUACUUGCUUGCGAUCACACACAGACUUCCAGAAUUUAGUUUGGCAUUUUCUGAUGUAAAGAAUAAUAUUAAGUCGACUAGACUUGACGGUUCUCCGUUUGACUAAACGUCUCAACCUUGUCAAUAGUAACCCGGGCACUCACCUUCUUACUUAGGGAAAGACAGAAGGUUAUACAUUUUAUGCUAGUAACAAGAAGUAUAAGGAGCUCUACCCCUUUCAUUCAGACGGUUAGUCCGUUUUUAAAAAUUUAUCACCAAUUUCAUCUUUUUAAUUGUACCCCGCGGCAAUCACCGCUGUUCUUGUCUAUCCUCGGUUUUUUUUUUGGUACAUUGAAACUUUUUUCAGUGUUUGACUAGCCCAGCAAACAAACGCUUAGCUGAAGAGACCUCAAAUUACAAAACGUUGCUUCUUAAUAACUCCAGUCGGUGGAAGACCAGUUGGCUAUGAACAAAGAAUGACGUCAGACUCCAACCUCGCUCCCAUGAGGAGGCUGGCUAGCAUCUGGAUUGCGAAUCACGUGCUCAGAUCCAGUUUAGCUCCCUCUGCCAUUAUAAGAAAAAUUUGUGAUGCAUAAAGUUAACGCUCUUAUAGAACUUUUAACGAAAGUCAGUUGUCACUAAUCGAUCGACAAGAAACGCCCAGAUUCCUCAGAUCUCCCUGUGCAGAUCCACCACAAGGCGAAGAACAAUUUAUUUUAGAAAAGCCAAAGUUUGGAAUUCCUUAGGCAUGUCACUCAAGUGGAAAAGGACAUUGACAGAAUUAAAACGCUGCUUAUAAAAUAAUUUAUUUUAACCUUUUGAGAGAUCAUUUAAUUUCUUAUUUCAUAUUAAUUUUGGCAUUUAUUUGUAUGUAUGUAUGUAUAUAUAUAUAUAUAUAUAUAUAUAUAUAUAUAUACAUACAUGUAUAUAUAGGUAAUUUAGUGCUAACAAGGGAGUUGAAAACAUAGAUUAAUCACUUUUUUCAAUACAACCUGAAUUCAACAUUUUCUAUAUGCGACAAUGGACAAACUUUAACCAGCAGAUUAUUUAGAGAGAAAAAUUAAGGAAAGUCAUUUUGUUUAUUUAUUAGUAAAGUCGCGACUGGCUCUAAUUGCUUUGGGGUAGCUAACAGAUGGAGCGAAACUCUUGACCAAUCACUUUACGAUGUAAAGUGAAACUAAUACAAUUCCUGACUGUUUUUGACACCGCUCAUUUGCAAACUACUCUUUACCUCUGGUCGAAAUAAAUUUAUGGUCCUGUUAUUUGCCGACUCGUUGUUUUUCAUUCGUUCUUUACUUUCUGACCCUAAUAGGCUAUCUAUUGAUGUCACAAAAAAGUCAGCCAUCAAUUUACAACUGCCGUCAGCAUAAACAAUAGUCAAACUUCCUGUAUUCCUUUUGUUUAAGCGCUUGAUGCAGAAUUAUUGUUUGAUAAAAUGUCUUAUCUGUAUUUCUUUUGGUUGAAAUAUGUAAAAGUAUUACAUGGUCAUUGCUAAACUUUUUCUGAGAUAAGUGCAGCCGUUCAUGAACUGAAGUGGAUACGGGACUUGUGAGGAGGCGGUUAAAGUGAGAGCCGAACGCGGUUGGCGUUUAUAAGGGGGAAGGACUAUCUGUAAUAUCUACUACCGGAAAAUAUUCCCAAGCCACUCUAAAACGACUGAAAAAUAUGCCGGUAUCACCUCAGUUUAGUAAGUUUGCCGAACAUUCUGAUUACCUCCUAGAUCCGCCACAAACGAGUGCGUAAUUUAUUCGUAAUAAUUAUUUGGGUCUCUCUCCCCACUCCUCACCAACCAUAAAAUAUUCGGUCUCUGAAGAUGAAUUCAGUGUAUCCAGGCGAAUUUAAUAAUGAAGAAACAUAUGUCAAGCACUCUUUCAUUUAACUGACUAUAAUGUUUCGUUUAUUUAUUUUGAUAGUGAAAAAUAUGUUAAUGACAGCCUUCCUUCGAAAUGCCAUGUUUAGUUAAAAUGUCUAGAAGCAUCAAACAGAUAAUUUGUUUGAGUUCUAACCAACGCCGAGUUAAAGCAGUACUCUUUACUUUCAAAAAUUCAAAUUCCGCAGAGUUGAAGACAUCUUGAAUGUACGUGCAGAUGGCUUCGAUUGUGUUCUAUCCUCGAAAUUGACAGCUACAUAUGAUUUCAAAUUUUCCGUUUUAGAACCGGAAAAUAUUAGCUCGGCUCUCAUGGCGGAAAACGUUUGCGACCUUCUCAACAAGUCUUUCUUUGGAACCUCUGCGGGUGUUUAAGAUUUUCGUCCGGCACUUUUCGCUCCUGGUGUCUUCAACAGCUGUUUGUCUUAUACAACCAUCAUUUUAAAUAUCGUUACCAUCCAUGCGAUAAGGAAAACCGCGUUGUUGCCAAAACCUUGGAGAACAUUAUUACUGAGCCUGGCUGCUUCCGAUGUUGGGGUUGGUUUGUUGGCACAGCCACUCUAUAUUUCUACUUUGGUCAGCUGGUUAACACAAAAACGUAUCGACUGCACUUCCUACGAGGGAUUGCUCGCCGUCAUCGCUUUCUUUUGUAUAUCCUCGCUCUUGAAUGUUGUAACCAUAAGUGUGGAUAGGUUCUUAGCUGUUCAUCUUCAUCUCAGAUAUCAAGAACGUGUGACCCACAAGCGCGUCAUUGCAGCGGUGAUAUCAAUAUGGCUGUUUAGCGCAAUUACUUCUUUUAGUGUCUUUUGGGAUUCAUUGUUUAUUAUCUCACAAGUCAUUGAGCUCGUGAUUGUGACAGUUUGCCUCAUUUUAGUAGUAACUGUCUACUGGAGGAUUUAUAUCGUCUUAAAGCGACACAAAAACCAGAUUGAAGAACUUCAAAUCCAAGAAGUACAACAGGAAGUUCAAAAUGGCGACUUAUCAAACUUUUUGAGGCUUCGAAAGUCAGCUCUUGGAACAUUUUAUGUAUGUAUUGUGUUCUUGAUUUGUUAUUUGCCUUCCUAUAUUCUCUAUUUUUUAUUCAUGGCUCGCCUUUUAAGUCCAAUCUCCUAUUACGAAGCUUCGCCCUAUACAAUUACCUUGUUUUUCCUCAACUCGUCUUUGAACCCUGUUAUAUACUGCUGGAAGAUGGGACCCAUUCGUCGCACUCUCAUGGACAUAAUGCGAAGCAUCGUCAAUCGGUUCAGAGAAUAACAUUUGUUAUAAGUUAUUGUUGUUGCAGAUAUAAGUUGCUAAGAGUCUCCAGGCUGCUUGGUCAUGCUGACAUGCGUAUCAUAGAACUUUCUAAAAGAUUCCAUCAAGUCAAGCAAUUAUUACGUAAUAUUAUUGAAAUAUGUUCUUUUGUAAGCUUCUGGAAUGUUCCCGAAGACCUUGUGAAUGUAUAUAACGACCCAAUUAUGUAGUAGUAGUAGUCGUUGUUGUUGUUAGGAGUGACCGAGUGUUUAGAAAGCUAUACCGUGAGAGAGAGCUACAGUUCAAGAUUGCUAAUUUCAAGAAAAGUUGGAGGAAACUGUGAGCUCUGCUCAGUAGCGAGCUAAGAUAUAGACUGUCGUGAGCUUAAGUAAGUUUAUGGAGCAUAAAUACUGUACUGCCUUUAAGAGUCACUCCUUAUCAAGAAUUAUUGUUUCAUAUAGUAGUUGAGUUUGUAGGAUUGCUGUGUUUUUCUUUCGGUUUGAUUAUACCGUAACACAUUGGUUGGGUUCGUUUCUGAUGUCAAUUUACAAUGCACGGGAUAAGAGCCUCAGCCAUCGUCAAAUAAAACUUGAUUUGUCGAAAGUGCUUAAGGAAAACUGAGGGAGGAUGAAAUUCAACGGUUAUGAAAACUACGCAAUGAGGUACUAUAGGGUCAAGUAUAAGAAAGUAACAGUUGUUAGUUUCCAGCGCAUUUUACACACUAAAUUUAUAUCUAUUGAUGUCACAAAAAAAGCCCGCCCUCAUUUUUAAUUUACAUCUGCCGUCAACAUGAACAAUAUUCAAACUUCCUGUAUUCUUUUUGUUUAAGCGCUUGAUGCAGAAUUAUUGUUUGAUAAAAUGCCUUAUCUGUAUUUCUUUCGGUUGAAAUAUCUAAAAAUAUUACAUGACCAUUGCUAAACUUUUCCUGAGCUAAGUGCAGCUUUUCAUAAACUGAAGUGGAUCCGGGACAUGUGAGCAGGUGGUUAAAGUGAGAGCAGAACGCGGUUGGCGUCUUUAAGGUGGGAAAGGGCUUUCUGUAAUAUCUAUUACCGUAAAAUAUUCCCAAGCUACUCUAAAACGACUGAAAAUAUGUAGGUAUUAUCUCAGUUUAGUAAGUUUGCCGAACAUUCUGAUUACCUCCUAGAUCCGCCAUAAACGAGUGCGUAAUUUCUUCGUUAUAAUUAUUUGGGUCUCUCUCCCCACCCCUCAUCAACCAUAAAAUGCUCGGUCUCUGAAGAUGUAUUCAGUGUAUUCAUGCGAAUUUAAUAAUAAAGAAGCAUCUGUCAAGCGCUCUUUGAUUUUAACUGACUAGAAUGUUUCGUUUAUUCAUUUUGAUAGAUGAAAAAUAUGUUAAUGACAGCCUUCCUUCAAAUAACUUUUUUCAGGUGGAAAUGCCAUGCUUAGUUAAAAUGUCUUGAAGCAUUAAAAAAAAAUUUGUUUUAGUUCUAACUAACGCCGAGUUAAAGCGAUACUUGAUGCUUUUUUCAAAAAUUUAAAUGCCAGAGAUGAAGACAUCUUGAAUGUACGUACAGACGGCUUCGAUGGUGUUUUGUGGUCGUGACUGACAUCUACAUAUGACUUAAAAUUUUCAUUUUUAUAAUCGGAAAAUAUUAGUGCCACCGUAGUUUUAACGCUCAGAUCUCAUGGCUGAAAACGUUUGCGACUAUCUCAACGAGCUUUUCUUUGGAUGUUAAAGAUUUUCGUCCGGUGCUUGUCACUAAUUGUGUCUUCAACAGAUUUUUGUCUUAUACAACCAUCAUUUUGAACAUCGUUACCAUUCAUGCGAUAAGGAAAACCGCGUUGUUGUCAAACCCUUUGAGAACAUUAUUACUAAGCCUGGCUGCCUCCGAUGUUGGGGUUGGUUUGUUGGUCCAACCACUCUACAUUUCUACUUUGGUCAGCCGGUUAAAUAAAAAACAGUAUCGACUGCAUUUCCUAUAA